UUUAAUAUUUUCUCUUCAUAAAACAGUAACAAUCCCACGUUCGACGAAGCUUUAAAAUUGUUGAAACAGGUUCAAACACACCUUCAAAGCAAAGUUCAUCUCGAACGGACGAAAAUGUCGGACAUAAAUCUGCUCCACCUGUCAGCAGCAUGGCGGCUGCUUCCACACUUGACGACCCCAUCCGAACGCGAGCUUUGCAAUGCUUUCCGUACGUAUGGACCCUCCUGGCAAACGCAGCUACUCGCCAGUGAAGCUGAGCGAGAACUGUACGUGGAACUGGUAUCUUUCGGCGGUGCUAAAACGUGUCGUCCGUUUGAUGCGUUAGUUCACGUGACAGAUGACAGCGUUCAAGAUGUCCCGGUCAGGUUGUCGACGAUCGUGUUGAGGUUGUUGGUCGAUAGUUUCGAUGGAGGUCCGGAACCGGCAGCACUAACCUGUUGCCAGGUGCGUAUGUUUGGAAGUCUUUUAAGCACCGAGCUACCCCUGUUGAAGGUUAUUGAUCUUGAGAGUGAAACUUACUGGAGACGAGUGGUAUGGUGUUAUGCAAACGAUUCGUUGUCCUACCAUGAGCAUGAUUAUCUCACACCAGGACGAUUCUGGAAACAACAGGGAAUUGAACUGAAGGUAGCUCGAAUGAUCGAACAGCAGGAUCCUCAGUACUGGGAUCUGGAAGGAUUGGAAGAUACGGUCAAAAAGGCUGCACCAUUUGUUAAUAACUUAUGCAUAGAGCAGCUUCAGCCCUACUCAGCCGUAGAACCGAUCGAGGAUUACGAAGUAUACACCAUUCGUAAUGCUCCGGACGAACUGUGCAAUCAUGGAUCACUGGCUAUUCUUGGACAUCUCGUCAAUCUCACCUCGUUAUCGUUAGUUAUCGGUGUAAAGAACUGGACCAACGCUUAUCAAAAGCGCUAUUCAAACUGUUCCCCAACCGACAUCGAGUAUCUUGGCCAGGGACUUCAAAAGUUGGAGAAAUUGAAAAAGUUUCACCUUUCUCACACCCGAUUAAAUGCACCGAAGCUUAAAAUUCUGCUCGAAUUCCUUACAUCUCUGAAGCUGGAAACGAUACGCCUCACUCACUGUCAACUUGGGACAGGCUGUGGUGGAAUUUUGGGACGAUUUCUUAGCCGCUUCCAACCGACGCUCGCACAUCUCGACCUCGCAAACAAUCGUCUCGAUGCAUCCGAGCUCGAUCAACUCUGUCCCGGAUUAAGCGUUUACCAGGGUGUUGUUGACAGACUGGAUUUGUCUUACAAUCCCAUCGGUGAGGCGGGUGUUUUGAUUCUUGGCGGUGCCAUUAAGGGCCGACCGCAAUUGAGCGAACUGAACUUUACCGGCUGUCAAAUGGGUGUCGAGGGAUCCUUUCGGGUCAUACAGCUUCUCAGCUUCCAUGUGACACUGCGGAAGGUUACGCUGAACUGUGUACCGAUUAGUCCCGAGGGUGGUGAGAAAUUAGUGCAAGUUUUACUGGAAAACAACCAGAUCGAGGAUGUUCAGGUACGAGCCUGUGGUCGUCCCGAUGCGGUCCGAACAAAGAUAAGGAAAAUUUUACGCAAAAAUGCUACAGCAAGAGAUCGAUCUCGAUCAGCGAACGCAACACUUAAAGAGCGAACAAACACACAUGAAAGUGGACGAUCACUCGGAAGUAUGUUCGUGCUGGAACGUCGUGUCUUUGCACAAUAAUCGAACCACCGGUGUGAAGUAGCAAUUUUCAUGAAAUGCACAAUACCCUCUAAAUCACUACUAUUGACAAAUAAGAGCAUCAUUUGAAUAAUUCAAGUGCCGACACUUCCUCCUGGUGUUGGUGGCAAAUUAUUCAAAACAAAUUAUUCAAUACCUCGCACACGCGCAAGUAUGAAUAUGAUGUCUUACGCUGGCACCUUCUUCCUGUUUAUGCGGCUGUUUGUUGUGUCUUAUCCUGGAGAAAUAAUAUUGUUCACUGUUUUCUUCGCCACCUCGUAACGAGCGCAUUGCGGGGGGAGAGCGGGAAAGAGAUCCGGCGCACUGGUGACAAUUUAUGGACUGGAUUAGACCACACCGAGGCUGGUGGGUCGCGAGUUAUGAAAUAUAUGAACUGCUUUGUCAACUGGUGGCUUGCAUGGUCGCCACCGCUACUACCUCCAUCCAUGAA